AUGCCUACCAUCAAACAAAUCUUGGCAAUAAUCGAGUACCAUAAAGACCUGAGCGAAUCCCAGCAACGGGAACACACCGAGCACGGCUACCAUCAAGCCAAGAGUCAUAUGAGAGAGAUCCUUUACUUUAUCAACCAGUAUCAAGUACCGGACAAAGAAGGCCUGCGAAAAUACGCGGAGGAGCAGAUCAAACGCUGCGACGAGAAGCUCAAAGAGAUAAAGGGCAAAGGGAAGCUCCGCAAAGUCAUCGACAAGUUUUGCGCCAACACGAACUAA